AAAAAUGGCUCUUCAUUUAUCAAAUACACGAAAAACAAUUGAUGAACCACGUGCUGAUAUAACAACAACAACAACAAUGACUAACACCAACACACCAAUUCCAAAUCUUCUAUUAACACGAACUCAUGGUGAUUUAUGGGCGUCUGAAUUUAUAGAUAGAGACAAUUAA